GAAGGUUUCCUAUAGAGCCAUGGAGCCACGGGAGCGCACAAGAGGCACGGAGCACCGCGGGACGUAAAUUCAACAGCCACCUCACAGCUUUUUGGACUUUGCUCGAGUUAAGAAGAAAUUUACAAGUUGUCAUAAAAGCUUAAAGGAGCACAAGAAGACCGGAGACAAACGAGAAAGCGAUAAGCGGAGGAACAUGUGGAGCUUUUUAACGCGCGGUGGCCAAGUUUUGCGCCACUUGCCGCUGUGGAUCGGACGCAGUGAUGAUUUUUUAAAGCGCUCCCAGUUUGACUAAGUUUUUUUAAAGACUGCAGUAUGAGGUGCUUUGUUGUGCCAUGUUUCCUGCGUUGUGUCCUCAUGCUCAGGAUUGCGACUCAUGGGAUGUAGUAAAUGGAGAGCUGCGUUCAACUUUGGACACCUGAAGGUGCAGUCCAAGCUGUCCGUCUUCUUUACCAUGAUCAUCCUCUUCACGUACCUCUUCUACUGCCUCAACGGAUUCUGUGACUCCCUGCCCAGACCCGUGUAUGACCAACAAACUAUCCAACAAAAUAAAAUCAUCUUAAAUGAUGGAGCACCGGAGCAGCUCGGCGCGUACAACGCGUCCCCGGCCUCGCUCGUCCGGGAGCAGCUGUCGGGCUUGACGCACAGCGACGCUCCGUCUAACAAUAUCUCUAUAGCCAACAAUUUCGGCAGCAAAAAGUUCCCCCAAGCCAUCAUCAUCGGGGUGAAGAAAGGUGGCACCCGGGCUCUGCUGGAGUUCCUGCGCAUCCACCCGGACGUGAGAGCCGUGGGCGCUGAGCCGCACUUCUUUGAUCGCUUCUACGAUAAGGGACUGGAAUGGUACAGGAACCUGAUGCCUCGUACACUGGAGGGUCAGAUCACCAUGGAGAAGACCCCGAGUUACUUCAUCACCAAAGAAGCCCCUCGUCGCGUCUUCUCCAUGAGCCGCCACACCAAGCUCAUCGUGGUGGUGCGUGACCCCGUGACCCGGGCUGUUUCUGAUUACACCCAGACUCUGUCCAAAUCUCCCGGGCUCCCGUCAUUCCAGAACCUGGCCUUCCGCAAUGCCACCACAGGACUCAUCGACACGUCCUGGAGCGCCGUACGCAUCGGCAUCUACGCCAAGCACCUGGAGAACUGGCUGCGCUUUUUCCCGCUCUCACGCUUCCUCUUUGUGAGUGGUGAACGCCUUGUGACAGACCCGGCAGGCGAGAUGGGCCGGGUCCAAGACUUUCUAGGACUCAAACGUGUGGUGACAGACAAGCACUUCUAUUUCAACCAGACCAAAGGUUUCCCCUGCCUAAAGAAGCCAGAGGGGAGCAGCAGGCCACGAUGCCUGGGGAAGUCUAAGGGCAGGCCCCAUCCCCAGAUCCCCUCUGAGGUCCUGCUUAGGCUCAGAGACUUCUAUAGACCCUUCAAUCUCAAGUUCUACCAAAUGACCGGCCACAACUUUGGCUGGGACUGAACAGCUGCUCACCAAAGCUCCUAAAAACUUUUAGUGGCAUUCUUGUUCAUCCAACUUCCAAGACCAGACAGGGAUAUCUUGAAGACAUUGUGUGUUACCAAAGCGUUUACUGUGCAAAAUAUGUAUUUCCUUCCUUUCUUAAGCUCUGAAUGCAGGAUCUGCCAACAAAUACCCUCCCUUUCCCACAGGUUUACAAAAGCCCGGCUAACAAAAUUUGUGAGAGCUUCAAUCAAAAGAAAAGCUAGUGAGAGGCACUGGUUGUGGCUCAUGCUGCAGCAGUGUGACAGGCUCAAGCCAGAUUGAGGCAUACUGCUUAUUUUGCUUAAAACUGGAACUUCUAGCACUUGGCACCCCGUGUGCCAGAAGUAUGCUAAGCUGUCAUUGCUGUCCAAAACACUUAACAGCACAACGUCUGCAUUGAAAAUAACACCAGAGAGAAACCAGUGCUGCAAAGCGAUGUGCCUAAAGUUAAACCAAAUGGCAAAAGAGUAACAGGCCUUGACAGCCGGGCACAGCUACGAUAAACCAAAUGACAUGUUGGAGCUUUGAGAGGGACACAGGAGCUCUGCAGACAGUGAGGAAAGAAGCAGCAGGGUUUGAUUUCUGCACAAUGGUACAAUUGAAAUAAAUGUAAAUGUGUGCUGUUGAGACAUAAAUUAAUCAUUCAGAAACACUUAAAUCAUGUCAGCGUUUUUCAGUUCACCUUUACACAGUGUAUGCAGUUUUAGGUUGUUGUUUUUGCUUCAGUUUUUUCAGUGCAAGCUCCUUUUUCUGGACUGUCUUUUAAUUUUCUAUAAAUUAACACAAGGGGAAACCUGAUGCUGGUGCAAAAAGGUACCAGACACAUAAAACAGUCCACUAAGUGCUGUAAAUUAGCUGUUAUUUAUGUCUCCAUGCUUGUAUAAAAUGUUCUUUACAGACCACACCUGUACCUGUGAUUGUUCUCUACUUCGUUUAACUCACACUCACCUCCACAAAUUAUACUUACAUACAACUGUAUAUUUCUAAAAGCCUAAUUUAUAAGAUGACAAACUAUUGUUGAGUUGUUGUACCUUGAGACUUUUGUAUUUGAAAUUCUGCUGGAAAUUCUGAGUAAAACUUUUAUUCUAAAA